UUUCAUCCGCCGAAGCUAUAAAUACCACCAAACCCCAAUCCCCUUUUUCCUCACACUCAUUUUCUCUCUCUCUACAAACUCCACUCUCUCUCUCUAAAACCUUAUCAAACUCCACUCAUCAGCCAUGGGAUCUGACAAGAAGAUUAAGAUCGGAAUCAACGGAUUUGGAAGAAUCGGUCGUCUAGUUGCUAGAGUUGCACUUCAGAGAGAUGAUAUCGAGCUUGUUGCUGUUAACGAUCCGUUUAUCUCCACUGAUUAUAUGACAUACAUGUUCAAGUAUGACACUGUUCAUGGCCAAUGGAAGCAUCAUGAACUUAAGGUUAAGGAUGAGAAGACUCUUCUCUUCGGUGAGAAGCCAGUCAGUGUUUUUGGCUUCAGGAACCCAGAAGAAAUCCCAUGGGGCGCAGCUGGAGCCGACUUUGUGGUCGAGUCUACUGGAGUCUUCACAGACAAGGACAAGGCUGCUGCUCACUUGAAGGGUGGUGCCAAAAAGGUUGUUAUCUCCGCUCCUAGUGGCAAUGCUCCCAUGUUUGUUGUGGGUGUCAAUGAACACGAAUACACACCUGACCUUAACAUCGUUUCAAACGCUAGCUGCACAACUAACUGCCUUGCUCCUUUGGCUAAGGUGAUCAAUGAUAGGUUUGGCAUUGUUGAGGGUCUUAUGACAACAGUCCAUGCCAUGACUGCCACCCAAAAGACCGUUGAUGGUCCGUCAAUGAAGGACUGGAGAGGUGGAAGAGCCGCUUCGUUCAACAUUAUCCCCAGCAGCACUGGAGCUGCCAAGGCUGUUGGCAAAGUUUUGCCAGCUCUUAAUGGCAAAUUGACCGGAAUGGCGUUCCGCGUACCAACCGUAGAUGUCUCAGUUGUUGAUUUGACUGUGAGACUUGAGAAGAAGGCUACCUAUGAGCAGGUCAAGGCUGCAAUUAAGGAGGAAUCAGAAGGAAAACUUAAGGGUAUUUUAGGAUACGUCGAUGAAGAUGUUGUAUCCACCGACUUUGUUGGUGACAGCAGGUCAAGCAUCUUUGAUGCCAAGGCUGGAAUUGCUUUGAACGACAACUUUUUGAAACUUGUCUCUUGGUAUGACAACGAAUGGGGAUACAGCUCGCGUGUUAUUGACUUGAUUGUCCACAUUGCAUCUGUGGAAGCCUAAAUGCUCGAUAGGUGAAUGGUCACCUGGUCUUCGACCACGGCUAUGUGUUGGUUUUUCUUUCGAGUUUGAAUAACAAGAAUCUUUCGUACAAGGUUUUUGGGGUGCUACAUAUUUUGGUACAUGUUGUAGGUUCUUUUUUGGUUGUUUCUAGUACUCUCGGUUAUCUCUUUUGUUUAGCGAAAAAAACCUUUCCUAAUUGUAAUCAGUUUCACCACAUAAUAUGAUAUUAGCCUGGUUGAAGAUUUA